CCCUGCCCGCCCACCGCCGCGACACGCGCGCCAUGGCCAUGCUGGCUCGCUCCGCCGCGCACCUCUUCUUCUUCCUUCUCCUCGUAUCCACCGCGCCCGCCGUGCGGACCAUCCCCGACGAAGCCCGCGGCCCCGGAAACAACAUCCACGAGGCGUGCAGCAAGACGCUGUUCCCCAAGGUGUGCCUGCACGCGCUCAAGGACAACCCCGAGUGCCAGGCGGGGGCGGUCACGCCGCGCCGGCUGGCCGAGCUGCUCGUGUACGUGUCGGCCGAGGUGGGCAUGACCGUGGCCGCGUUCGCGCACCACGAGCUCAACUCCAUCAAGGACGACGUCCUGUACAAGUGCCUCGACACCUGCUCCGAGGACAUCGAGGAGGCCGUGGCGCACCUCAGCGCCCUCUCCCGCGACUUCUCCGACGCCAAGUUCCUCGAGGUCAAGUCCUGGCUCUCCUCCACGCUCGGCGGCACCUCCACCUGCGACGACGCAUGCAAAGACGCGCCCGUCAGCGACAUCAAGAACGCCUGCAUCACCAAGAGCUUCGAGUUUGAGAAGCUGCUGCGCGUCACGCUCGACCUCAUCACCGAUGCCUCAGGGUCCAUGUCGGCCGAGGUCGCACUGCCUCCGUCGGCGGCAUCGGGCGCCAGCGGGCCGGCACCGGCGCCGUUCGGAGGUUACGGCUCGUCCGCUGGCGCCCCGGCCUACGGCGCGCCGUCUCCUGCUGGUGACCCAGCUUAUGGCGCCAGCGGCUCGCCGGCACCAACCCCGCUGUAGAGUGUACUGCUUCCGACGCGUACGCGACUGCAUGCAUGAGCGAUAUAUAAUGUCACCUUGGUGCAGACUCCUGCGCUCCGAAGGAUUUUUUAAAUAUUUUUAAAUAUUUUUAAUAGGAUCUGUUGGCUCUGAUUCGGGCCAAACACUAGGGGUUGUAUGAUUGUAUCUCUGAUGGUGCUCGGCGGCGAGGACGGCAGAAGGUCCGCGACCCUGCUGCAAGCAAGUCUUCUCUCCUGCUGGCUGGAUGGUCCGUGGUUUAGGCUGGACGGUACGCGAACGCACAAAGGGUCGAAGAACCCUAGAACUCACUCCAGGAGGGAUCCCACAGGAGAGUUCUAGAGAGGGUGCCCUAGGAACGGCAGGCCACCCAGGAGGUCCUUAGACGACGAAGAGUCGAAGAGAGAUGAAUAUUGGAGGUUUGGAAAAAGCUAAGCUAGGUCUAAAUUACGUCACCUCCUAAUACGAUAAAAAACGAAGGAAAUAAAGUAGAUUUGAUUGAUUGGUUCGA